AUGGUGGGUGUGGGGGUGGCACGGGCAGCAGUGGCACAGAAGGCGGGUGGGUGGCGCGUGGAGGUCGCCGGUGUGCUCGUCGGCGGCGCGGAGCUCGCUGGCAACGUGGAACUGGGCGGCGGCACACACAGAGGGCUAGGUGGGGGACAGCACAGGCGUCGGUGGCGCAGAGGGUGGAGCUUGGGAAUGCUAACGGCCUCAUCCAUGAUGCCAACCGCGAGCUUGCCGCCGUCCGCGUCUCCUGCACGGCUCACCGUCUUCUACGUCGCGCUGUACCUGCUGGCUCUGGCGCAAGGCUUCUACGGGCCAUGCGGGGAAGCCUUUGGCGCGGACCAGUUCAAGCCUAGCGACAGCGGCGAACCCAACGCGCCAGCGUUCCGGAGCUCCUACUUCAACUGGUUCCACUUCUCCAUGUCCUGGGGCUACGCCAUCGCGACGGCCGGGCUGAGCUACGUCCAGGACAACGCCGGUUGGACCGUGGGUUUCGGCGCGUGCUGGACCGCGUUGGCGCUAUGCCUUGCCGUCUUCUUACUGGGCACGCGGACGUACCGUGCCAAGCAACGACCCGUUGAUGGCGGCACGUUCGCUGAGACCGUGGGGACGUUGGGCGCGAGGGUCUUCCGUCCAAAGGACAACACUCCAACUGAUGAAAGGCUGCUUCUACCUCCACAACCUGAGCAGGGCGGACUCAUAGCUAAGCUGCUCCCGAUAUGGUUGACGAGCUUAGUCUUCACGGCCAUCUACUCGCAAGUGUCCACUCUGUUCACCAAGCAAGCCAGCACAUUGGACAGGCACCUUAGCACGGAGACGGGCCUCGUCGUGCCGCCCGCGCCGCGCUCCAGUGCUUGA